AUAGGAAUAUAUAUACUCUCUCUCCUCCUCUUCCUGUUCCAUUCAGAGACAGCUGCCGCUCUUCUGGGAAAAGACCCUAGAAGAUGCAGGCUUUCAACAUCUGGGAUGUUAACCAGAAGACCUUCUACCUGUGGAACAACCAACUAGUUGCUGGAUAUUUACAAGGACAAAAUACUAAAUUAGAAGAGAAGAUAGAUGUGGUGCCCAUCGAGCCCCAUGCUCUGUUCCUGGGGAUCCAUGGAAGGAAGCUGUGCCUGUCGUGUGUCAAGUCUGGUGAUGAGACCAAACUCCAGCUGGAGGCAGUUCACAUCACUGACCUGAGCAAGAACAGAAAGCAGGACAAGCGUUUCACCUUCAUCCACUCAGACAACAGCCCCACCACCAGCUUCGAGUCAGCUUCCUGCCCAGGCUGGUACCUCUGCACAGCAUUGGAAGCCAAUCAGCCUGUUAGCCUUACCAACACACCUGACAAGGCCAUCAUGGUCAACAAGUUUUACUUCCAGCAGGACAAGUUGAAGGGCCACCGCCAGGGCCACCACCAGGCACUAGCAAACCACAUCCCCUCCCUUUUCCUGGAAAGGCGCCCAAACUCAGCCCCCACCUAA